UCUUAUUAUUAUUAUUACCCUGCUUAGCCUCCCUCCUCUCUCUUCUAUUAAACCUUCCUCUUCUACAAUGAAGAUUUCACUGUACGUAUUGGCAGACAGUUAUGUUAAAAAAAUUUAAGCUUUAGCUUAAAUACACAGAAGGAUGUUUGGCAUUAUAUGGAGCACGUUGUAUUGGUGGAUGCGUCCACUGAUCAAGUGGGUACUAAGACGUACCACCAGAUUGUGUGAGCUACAACGUAUAUGCUAUGGCGAAUACAAAGGAGCUCAAAGGACUUGUGGUGUUGAAUUCUCGCUCAAGCACAGUCGCACUCCAGAGAUCCAAAAGUGUGUCAAAUAUAUGGACAGCAAAUGCCAAGAAUGCACCCUGAAGCGUGACCUCAUCUACUAUGCUGUAUUUGCUAUUGUCAGGAUCAAAAUGAUCAACACAAAGAUUCACAAAAGAUUCACAGACAUCUUAGGGGAAUGCCUAACUCAAAUCUGGGGCUAUCGACAGUUAACUGCUGAAAUAGAAAUUAUACGCAGAGAGAUGUUUGACUCGACAAUUCCAAGCCACGAGGAGAAGUUGCAAAGGCUUUGGGCUGCCUUAAUGCCAGGAGUCAUACUUGAGACAAGGAUAACGAAGCAGUGGCAAAUCAUUGGUUUUCAAGGUGAUGAUCCACAGACUGACUUUCGUGGCAUGGGGAUCCUUGGUUUAGAAAAUUUGCUGUACUCCUUCGCCAUUGUUGGCAUCAAUAUCACCCAUAUGGCUUAUAGCCUUCUUCAAAGUGGUGAUGCAAAGAUUCACUUCUACAAUGCAUCUAAGAGGUUUCCAGAAGUACGGGCAUUCCAUCAGUUCUACUGCUACCUUUUUUUCUCUUUCGAUGAACUCUGGCGCCAAGAGAAACCUCGGGAUAUGAUGGAAUUCUCUCGUGUUAGAGACAAGUUUGAGAGGCAGGUAAAACAAAAGCUUAAAAAUCCUACAGCCUAUUUUAAGUGUAACUUUGUACUCGAGAAUAUUUAAUUUAAACUUGUAUAAUUGCUAAUAUAUAGAAUUGAUUUUGUUAGAAAUAUUUGGACAGUCAGAAAUAUUACUCCAUCAGAAUACAGUAUCCUAUAAUGAUAUAUAAUAAAAUGACCUUGUUACCUGGUACUUAUAAGGAUGUUGACUGAAAGUGAAUUACUGUAUGUAUAAGAACAAGGGAUUUUAUAAGGAACUUUUAUAAAAAAAAUCAACAUUUUUUAAUAGGUUCCCAAUGAAUAUUAACAGCAGUUGAAUAAAUUUAAUCGUAGAAAACAUGAAUAUAAAUAUUUCUAUAUGAAAAAGUAAUAAUAAAUAAAGUAUGCUGGGAAAAAUUAUACAAUAAUUUUAUAAACUUUCUUACCAAGUAUUAGUAUGGUAUUGUACAUCAAUAAUUUUGUGUAAGGAGACUGCCACUUGAAGAGCGAGACAGAAUUAAAGUUAAGAUAUUCUUAUCAAUAAUAUGAUUUAAUGGAUUUUAAUUUAUUUUUAUAUAAAAAAUACUACAUUCUGGAAUGUGUGACAUCUCCAAAGUUCCUGUCUGUGAGUUAGGAACUGAUCAAAGUUUCCUUAUUAACAUCUUUUAGUAUUGAUGUUUUGUCAUACAUUGAUUAACUUUGCAUGUUAAAAAAAAAUGUUUGUCAUUUGAAAGGGUUAUUCUUCAGAGUACAAUUAUUACCAAAUAUCGUAUGUGUUUAUUCAUAUUUAAUGAUCAUUUAGCUUAAGAACACUUUUUCAGUAUUAUGUUUAAAAGGAGUUAAGUGAAGGAGGAGCAUAGUUUUAACACCUGAUGUGAACUAAUCGGUAGUAAAGAAUAUCAUUUGUUAUAAAUGCCAUGUAUAACCAUGUGCUGUAGGGCAUAAAUUUAUUUUUUUAAGCAAUUUUUUUUAAUGGUACAUAGGACUCCACAAUAAUGAGCAGUAAUGGUGACAUGAUCUUUCUGUAAUUUUUAUAAGGAUCCUGUAACAAAAUUUUAAGAAAAUUAUAUAAAUAAAUUGUUACAGACAGAUGGACAAAUACAAUUUUGUAGAUUUAUAAACACUGGUGUUCUCAAGUCAUAUUUUCAUAUGCACUACUUGGUGUGAAUUCUCCAAUUAAUUUUUGUUACAGAUUAUGAUGUGGCUUAAGUCUGUGUGUGGAUUUGAUAUUUUAUAUAGUAUUUUUAGAUAAUGAAGUGCCAUUAAACUCUUAAAUCUACAUUUGAUGAUGGACAUGCUGUUUGAGUAAGGUAAAAACUAACCUAAAGUUUUCUGGGAUGCUCUCUACUGGGUAACACUUCCUCUUUAUAUUUUUAAAUGUAAUUGCAGAAGAGUUUCCAAGGAAAGAAAGAGAGCUAGAGAGAGAGAGCGCACAAACAAGUGUGAGUAUAGGAGCGCAAGAGAGACCAUGACGCAAGAUAGCGUAGAAAAACAAGUAGUGAAACUAUUCUAUGCUGCUGGUAUAGAUGAAAGGGUAACAUGUUUAAUUUUUAUGAAAAUUAAAUAUUGGAUA